CCGAUCCGCCUCCGCCCUCCGCCUCCCGCCUCCCGCCUCGACCGAUCCGGCCGGCCUCGAUCCCGCGCCUCCAUUUCUCGCCCCCGGAUUCUCAGGUGCGUCGCGGAGCCGUCGUUCGUCGCGUAGCUCGUGCCCGAAUUCUGUUUUGGCCGCUUGCUUGCCGGCUCGCUCGCUCGUUCUGUCUUUUGUUUUGUUCUCUCUUCUCCUCCUCCUGCCUUUGCGGUCGCCGCCUGGAUUGGUGCCGUCCGGCAUUCUCGUCCGAUUCGGCGUCCGCCGAGCUGAAUCGGAGAGUGUGCCGAUCAAUGCCGCGAUCCGUUAUCUCAAUCCCGAUCGUUUUUGCUCUUUUCGUCGCGCUUUCCGUCGCUGGAAUCAGUUCGCCAGGUCGAUCUCAGCGGUAGGUCGCGCUUGAUCUCCGCAGAUACUGGAUCGGAGCCGAUCGAGCGCGGGAGAGACCGGUAGAAUGUCAGGGGAGGCGGCGAUGGCGGUGCUCGACGAUGACCGGGCGAGGAGGUCCGACUACGAGAUAUCCGACGACGACAGGAGGAGAACGCGGUCCAGGUCUCACAGGAAGAAGGCCAUGAGCCUCGCGUCCGCGAAGAUCACGCACUCGCUCAAAAAGCGGGGCAGGCGCGUCGCGGAUUGCCGGUACGCGUCGAUCUCCGUCAACGAUGUGCGGGACGCGAAAGAGGAGAGGGCCGUCGAGGCUUUCCGUCAGAUAUUGAUAACGAGGGAUCUGCUUCCGCUACACCUUGAUGAUUACCACACAAUAUUGAGAUUCUUAAAGGCAAGAAAAUUUGACCUAGACAAAACUGUACAUAUGUGGGAACAAAUGCUCAACUGGAGGAAAGAGUACGAAGUAGAUACUAUUUUACAGGAUUAUGUAUAUGAUGAGUAUGAGCAAGUCAAGUCAUGUUAUCCUCAUGGUUACCAUGGUAUUGACAAAGGAGGAAGACCUGUAUAUAUCGAACGCCUUGGAAAAGUUGAACCUAGCAAGCUAAUGUCUAUCACAACUGUGGAUCGGUUUCUGCGGUUCCAUGUUCAAGGCUUUGAGAAAGCUUUUGCUGAAAAGUUCCCUGCGUGCUCCAUUGCUGCAAAAAGGCACAUCGACUCUACAACCACCAUACUGGACGUCCAAGGAAUGAAUUUUAUGAGCUUUGGAAAGAUUGCACAUGACAUUGUCAUGCGCAUGCAGAAAAUCGAUGGCGACAACUACCCCGAGACAUUGCAUCAGCUAUUCAUUGUUAAUGCUGGUCAAGGAUUUAAACUGCUUUGGAACACAGCAAAGAGCUUUCUUGACCCAAGGACUACAUCAAAGAUACAUGUUCUGGGGACCAAAUACAAGAGUAGGCUGUUGGAAGUUAUAGAUUCGAGCCAAUUGCCAGAUUUUCUCGGAGGAACUUGCUCAUGUGAAGGUGGAUGCCUUAAGUUUGAUAAGGGACCUUGGAAUGAUCCAGAGAUAAUGAAGCUAGUCCACAUCGGGGAAGCAAUGUAUUUGCAGAAAAUAAAAAGCUACCAUGAAUAUGAUUUAGAAGCGGAACUGUUUGCACCUAAGAACACCAGUAAUGAUGUGUCCACGGAAGAGGUGGUACCAGAGUUAAGGAAAGGUGCCUCAGACCUUGUGCCUCAGAUACCACCUUGUGAUGAAGAAAGAAUGGAAGAACCUGGAGUUUCCUCCAAUGCAAUAACAUCUGUUGAUGCCACUGAAAGAAAUGGAGAUGUUAAUUCAACAGAUCAUCUGACCAAUGCCAAUACUCCAAGAAGAGCUCUUCCUCGCAUAGCAAGUUUUGCAGUUCGCUUCCUAGUCAAAUUUUUAGGAUGUAUAUAUCUACUGUUCCAGAGGGUAGGGAGAAACUUUUCAGUAAGACAUCUUGGCGUAGAGUCAGAAGACCAGGAUAGACCUCAUGGCGAAGAGUCAAGAGCACAAGGCGCAUCCCAGGUUAUAGAAGAGAACUCGCUCCAUCCGUGUUGGCAGAGGCUGCAAAACUUAGAAAUGAUGGUGACUGAACUAUCUAAUAAACAUGCAAAAAUACCCCCGGAAAAAGACGACAUGCUUCUCGAGUCGAUGAGUCGCAUUAAGUCCAUAGAAUAUGAUCUACAGAAGACAAAAAGGGCACUGAUUGCCACUGCAUCUCAGCAAGUGGAACUUGCUCAAUCAUUUGAAAAUUUGAGGGACAGAUCAGCUCAAGGAACAAACACUUGUUGGCCGAGAUAUAGAUCAUGUGCCCCAGGAACUUGAGCUCGCCGAGAUAUAGAUCAUGUGCCCCAGGAACUUGAGCUCCGUUCUUUUCAGGAAGAAAGUUAUCAUUUUCGACUGUAUCUCCUACCUCCUGGGAAGAGAAUUGCAACAAGAUUUGACUGCUCGCUGGACUGCAAUAUCUAAUUCUAGGUCUUUCAUGCACGCAUUUGCUGAUUGGUAGGUGAACCUAGGAAGGACCAGCGUGAGGCCCUGAUGUGUAUUUAGGACCCAGAUUUAUCUAGUCGGGGCAUAAAAUGAAUGUGCCCCAUGUUCAUAUUUUCUUGUACAUAAAUGAGAUUUUUCCCAUGCGGAGCAAUCGAUGUUAUACGUGACCACAAGCAUAGUGACAUAAAAGUUCAAGAGCUUACUAUUUUGUUACCGAACCUCAAAAUUAAUUGUCAUUAAAUGCUUACUUGCAGCACUA